GGGAGGCUUCUACCCUGGAGGUGUACACUUAAAAAUCUAGAGAGGUGUCACUUCAGUUCUGUGCUCUGUUACGUGGCUCCAGAAUCCUCUCCACCUCUCUGCAUCCUGGUGACAUUUAGUAUAAAUCCCCAGGAUUCCUAACAAAUCUCCCACCACCAAGCAAUCAUCAGCACAAAAAACGUUUCUUCAGUAGUUACUAGCACAAUACAAUCGAGCAAAAAGCUUAGUAUCUGUCACUUCUGUAACAAAUCAUGGCAUUUAGAUCGGCUGGUUGUUGGAAGCAGUUAGCAAAUCGCUUAGGAGGAGAUGCAACAUAUGCAACCUCAACCGCACCAAAGAUGAAGUCAUACGCACCAACGGCCGAUUUUGGUUACGGUCAAGAUGUGAAGCCACAAAAGCAAGUGAGGGGUGACUUCGUUCCUGUCUACGUAGCAAUCGGCAUGAUAGCGCUGUCAGUGACCCUGGGGCUUAAGACGGCACUGCAUCAGCUGAAGAACUCGCCACAAGUGCGGGUGAACAAGAAGAGAAGGGAGACUCUGCCGGAGGUGGAGGAGCCUGAUCGCGUGCUCGACGAAGCUGAUAAGUUCCUCAAGCAGUCGUUUUUCAGGAAAGUUACCCAUUUUCAGGAAAAUGAUUCUGCCUAUGCCUUUCAUGACUCCACACGCCGUGAUAUCUUCACUCACGGGCCUACGCCUCGGGCUGAAACUCUGAAAUCAGUUGGUGUUGAUCCCAAAUUUCGUGUUCUAGAGGGUUAAUUACCGUACAAUACAAAACAAUUUUCUUUUUUUUUUUAAUUUUUUUUCCUGCCUGUUUCGAUGAGGGAAGGGGAAAUUUCUAGAUUCUCUCCUUGUGGCUCAUGACCUGAUGUAACUGUAUAAUGGUUUGGGUAGUGUUGUUUUGUGUUGUAAGAUAAGCCGUCGCUUCACUUACUUGGAGGCUGAUGUCUUGAAGUCAGUUUCAAGUUUUAUAGGAUAAGGAUGGACUAUUGAUAAUGAAGAUGUGUUAUAUGUCUUGUCAUUA